GUGUAAUAUAUUACUAUUGCUAAUUAUAAUUAUUUAAAAAAAUAAUUUUAAAAAUGUUGUUUAGUGUUAUUACUUAGAUAUUACUUGUUCGAUCUUAUUCACCGUUGUUAGUUUGAUAUGAAUUUUUUUUUAAGAAAAACUGAAAAUACAUAGAUAAUAUUAGAUAAUGUAUUUUAAAAAUUAUUGAAAUACUCAAGUAUCAUAAUUGUAUUAAACUCUUUACUAAACAUUUAGAUGUUUAAAUUUCGUAAUAUGUUAUUUUUUAAUAUUUGUACAAAAUGUGAAACAUCAAGAAGCUUAGUAUGUUUAAAUUUGACCUCAAAAAAACACACAUUCACUGUAGAAGACAAACUACCCAAAUUGGAAAAUUCAAUUUGCAACUACCACCAUGAUGCAUUAGAUUCGUUUACUAACAGCCUUGUUUUGGAAAAUAUGAUGAAAUGGAAAUCAGACAAUUCUGUCUCUACAAACCAUAAAUUAUCAAAAGUCAAAUCAAAUUCUAUAUUUGAGCUCUGUGAUGAUCCAGACCAUCUGACCACAUAUCUACAACAAUGCCUUGAUGGUUAUUCCCAAGUCAGUGAAAGUGCACUAAAUCAAUUUAGAUUGACAAUGGCAAGACAUGGAAAAAUUAAUGGUUUAGUAUUAAUUGAAAGACUCAACAAAAAGUAUGGCUAUUGUAUUAAAGAGUCUGACUUACAAAUGAAUUUUGCUGAAGCGUACUGGACAAAUGGUAAUUUGCAUAGUAUGUUCAAAAUUUUUGAAUCAACCUACUCUGUUGAGUCAAUAAAAGUUAAUUACGUAUUAGAACCCAUUAUUAAUACUAUAGUUAAAACACAUGGUGCUGCAUCAGUAGUCAUGGUUUCAAAAUUUGUCAACUCGAUAGUUAUCCAACAUAGAGAUUAUCAUCCAAUGGUUAUCCUGUGGAAGUACUUAUUUUUAAGUGAACUAUAUAAUGACAACCUAGAAGCAGAAAAGUUAAUACAACAAAAUACUAAUUUAAUAGAAAAUAUACAAUACCUUACACCAGUCCUUACAAAAAAAUUAUUAAAAACACAUAAAAUUGAUUAUGUUCAAAAAAUGUUGAUAAUUCUUUUAAAACAUAAACGAAUGGAACCUUAUCAAUGGAUUUUAAGUUCUAUGUUUGAGUAUUAUUAUACAUUAGGAAAUGUUAGCCAAUGCAAAGAAAUUAUGAAACACUCCAUUGAACUCAAUGUACCAUUAACAGAAGCACAGCAAUCACGUUUAAUUCGUAUGGUGUUCAACAACAAACAUCAACAAAAAAUCAACAAGGAAGUGACUGCGACUAUAUUUAAACUUAUGUUUUAAAUUAGUAUGAUAGUUGUCAAUAAUUUUUUUUUUUUUUUUUAACCAAAUAUUUAUAUAUUGCUUUAUAUAUUAUAUUAUACUAGUUACGUUAAAUAAUAUUAAUAAUAAAAAAACAAUAUUUAAAAUGGUAACACUAACUGUAAUACUGUGAUAGUUGAAUUCUUAGGGGUUUUUUUUAAUAACAGCUAGUAAUUUAAUUACAGAAAAAAAUACAUAAAAAACAAAUUGGAAAAAGUGAUAAUAAUUAAUAGUUAUUAUUAUAAUGUAAUAAAAAUAAA